CCAACGCAGCCGGGUCGAACACUCCUAGCAGCAGAAGUGCACAUUUUCCAUAUCGAUUUCAAGGAAGUUUCCACAACGUCUCACAUAAUGAGAGGCGAGAGGGGUCGAGGCCGUGGUGGCCGUUUUGGGGUUCGGGGGGGAGGACCUGUACCAGGAUUUCGCCCAUUUGUCCCUCACAUCCCCUUUGACCUCUACGUGUGUGAAAUAGCCUUCCCUCGCCUGAAGCCUGCCCCCGAUGAGACAGCCUUCAGUGAGGCCCUACUGAAGAGGAACCAGGACCUUGGCCCCACCUCUGUUGAACAGUCAUCCAUCUUGUCACUGGUCACCAAAAUUACCAACGUCAUUGAUAACUUCAUCGUUUCAGCUGGGGCUGAUGAAGUGGAAAUUGAGGAAAUGAGACAGGUAGGCUCCUACAAGAAAGGCACCAUGACAACAGGACACAAUGUUGCAGACCUUGCUGUCAUUCUGAAGAUUUUGCCUUCUGUGGAGACAGUGACUGCUCUGGGAACCAAGGUGGUGGAGACCCUACGCACACAGGACCCUUCGGAAGUACUCUCCAUGCUGCCCAACGAGACGGGCUUUGAGAUCAGUUCGGCCGACGCCACCGUGAAGAUCCUCAUUGCCACCGUGCCCCACAACAUGCGCAAGCUGGAGCCUGAUGUGCACAUCGAUAUGAAGCUCCUGCAGAACUCCCUGGCUGCUGUUCGCCACGCUCGCUGGUUUGAAGAAAAUGCCUCCCACUCCACGGUGAAAGUCCUGGUCCGUUUGCUGAAGGACCUGAGGACCCGCUUCCCAGGGUUUGAACCCCUUACCCCCUGGAUGUUGGACUUAUUGGGUCACUCUGCAGUCAUGAACAACCCCAGCAGACAGCCGCUAGCCCUCAAUGUGGCCUUCAGGCGGAGCUUGCAGAUGCUGUCAUCAGGGCUUUUCUUGCCUGGUUCAGCUGGGAUCGCAGACCCCUGUGAGAAUGGACACUACCGUGUAUUCACUGUCAUGAACCUGGAGCAACAGGACAUGGUGUGCCUCACUGCUCAGACCCUGGUGAGGUUGCUGUCUCAUGGCGGCUACAUGAAGAUUCUGGGUCUGGAUGGAGACGCUAGCCAUCUGGUGGUGGAGACAUCCACGUGGGAUGGAGUGACAGUGAAGCCUUCUGAGAAGGCGUAUGAGAAGAUGCCGGAGGUGGAAUUGGAGGUGGAUGAUGAUGAUGAUGAUGAUGAUGCAGAAAUGGAGAGCAUGGACGCUAAAGAGGUCAUGGACACUAAAGAGUGAUUGUGAUGAAGGACUUUUUUCAUUUUGUCAUUCAACUGUUUUGAAUGGUCCCCUUCUGAGUAGGGAUGGGUAUUUCUUUUUGUACUGUCUCCUACCCGCGCCCAGUUUAAUAAGGGCUUGUUUUGUUUUCAGACAAACCUGAUACAAGGGACACAAGGUGUGGCUUCCAAUGUUUUUUGUGUUUCAGUUCAUAUCAAGUCUAAACAGAAAUUGAACUAUUUUCUCUUGGCUUAUUGUAUGGCAAAGAUUGAUUAAAAAAAGUUUUCUAUGAUUUCUAUGGUCCACUGCCAAUUUAAUUUCUAUGGUGCUCCAGUGUACAGUUUCUCACUGAGCUGGCUGUCAAAAAUGGAUAGAUCAUGUCAGUUUGGUGUCUGAAGAUACUGAGCAGCCAGUGGAGACCAGACGUGUCUCUGUUUAUGUUAUCUGGACUAUUACAUACAGCGGUGGUGUUGUCAGUAAUAACUGGGCUUUAAUCAAUGAACCCAAUUACGGAGUCCCUUGACGGCAGAACUGCAAAAAGUCAUAAUCGUUAGAGGAGCUGUAAAGGGAGGGGGAAGCUGCUAGCGCUCAGCAAUUAAAACCCAAGGCUGGCUUAUUGAGGUUUUCUCUGGCUAGACAGAGAUCUUGAUCGAGCCAUGGCUGAUAGGAUAUAAUCUAUUUUGUUUGAUAUAAGUGCACAAAAUACUAUGCUAUUGGCCCUUAAACUCUAGCAUUUAUUUUGCCCCACACAGUGAACAGAGCUUUUUCAAUGUUUUAACUUUUUCUUGAAUAAUAAAGCUGAAUAAACAUGCUGUA